GGAAACCCCUCAACAAUGGCAUUCACACUUACUCCCUCUCCACCAAAUUCUCUCUCUACCAGCACAAAUUCCCUAACCAUAAAAUGUCCAUUUUUCUUCCCGAAAUUACCCUUCACAACUUACAAAUCCCCUCGCCGCCGUUCCAUUUCCGGCUCGGCGCAGCAGAAGCCAAUUUCACUAACGUCAGAGGAGAACAUUCUAGAAGAAGUAGCUAAUUUUACCGGCGCCGAGAAAUCUAUCCCUUGUGUAAGAACUUAUGAGAAUGAUUUGGCUCGACUUUCGUUGACUGGCGCGGUUGAUUUCCAGCAAGCACUUACGGCUGCUGCAGCCGACGGUGGUGCAGCCGCUGGACAACAUAUUUCCUCAGGCAUAUCGGCUAUGGUUGUUGAAACGUUGUUUCCUGGGAAUUCUAAUGAGCACAGUACUAUUUCUACUAGACUGUUCUUACCAGCAAGAAAAGUUAUGGAGAAAGCCCAAAAGCUUAAAAGUACCCUAACUAAAGAGAUGCUUUCUGGCAUGACUUCUACAAAUAUACUUGCCAUGACAUUUAGACAAGUGACCCUGCAACAUCUUUGGAACUUUGAACUAGUGGUUUUUAUACCAGGAGCAGAAAGAGAUAUGGAUGAUCUUGAAACACCGAGAGAGCAGGUACCUCCGUCUUUUGCCAUCACCUCAUCAGAUGAACGAGUCAUUUCUGUUAUUGCAGAAGUUAUUUGUCUUUCUGCUCUCGAAAGCACUAAAAGACAUUUGUUUAGUGAGACUCCUGGAGGAGCAACAAAGAAGUUCUUCCCCUGGUUUCACAAGCAUAAAAGCGUUGUCUCAAAAGAUUCCUCUGUUACUGUAUACAACUUACUGGAAUAUGAGAUAGUGGCAAAUGCCAAUAUUUUGCUCCAGAAAUUUUCUUUAGAAAGGGCGAAUUACAGACCAAGGGAGGGAAGAUGGAUAAGCAAUUGGUUAAGUUCUACUGCAUACUCCAAAUUGGAUCAAAUUGGAGGCCCUGAAUUUAUUUCUUGGCUGAGUGAGUAUGUACCUGCUUACAAAUUGGAGAUUGAUGCUGAGAAACUUGGCAAUGUGAAAUUUGAAGGGUGGAAGAAAUCAGCAACAAGUACAUGGGAGGUUCUUCUGACUCACUCACAAAUGGUUGGUCUAGGUGACAUUCUAGAUAUGUAUUAUGAAGAUGUCUAUACACUUCCCUACAAGCAAUUGUCAUCAGGUGUUGUUGCAAAAUCUUUCAACUCGCCCUCCAGCAAGAGAAGCAUUUCUAUGUCAAAGGCAAUCUCCAUGGUCCUUGCAAGUGGAAUUUUUCUUGUUGCUAUAAGAAUUCUUGUUCAACGUUAUCUCCCCAGUAAAAAGCACCAUCAUCCGGAUAUUUAUCCAGUCAACUCAUCUGACAUGAUCUCUAGUCAGCAUCAGUCCAUGAAAUCUAACAAGUUGGAAGAUUACUGUGCCUCUGUCGUUAGGAGAAUCAAGGAAUUUUACUGUUGGCCUGGAGACAUAGUGAUGGGUUCUGGCAGCUCUGCAUGGAUUGGGGAGCUUCCGAUAUAUCUGAAGUAUGAGAUGGGUUCCAAACAUUCAGAUCUUAAUUCCAGCUCCACGCCAUCAGAGGGAAUUGAAGAUGAGAUGAAAGCAGCUGCACAAGAUAUUGCCAGUUAUCAGGUUGUUAUAUCUACGGAUGGUAAAAUUGUUGGCUUCCAGCCUACAAGUCGAGUUGCUGUAAAUCAAUGGGCAGCAAACCCUAUAGUGAAAGAGCUCUAUGGAGGGAAAAAACUCUCUCCAGGCUUGAUAGAACGAGGUCUCAAGAUAAGCCGCCCCAGUGAUGUUGUUGUACUGGAAUUAUUGAUGUCAGCAAAUCCCCAAAGUUCUUUCGCUUUGAUAAGGCCAGUUACUGAAAGUUGAACAUCUUUGCACCUCCACAUUCAAUAUUUGUAAAUCUAGUUACAGUGCUGGGCAAGACUUUUUCCAGGUACAAGGAAAAUUACAAUAUCUUUUGUUUUCUUCUACAUUGGUUUCCUCCUUAAUGAUCUUUCAUAAGAGUUUGGUUGGCAUCACCGGAGCAUAGUGUGGUUGAAGAACAAGGUUGUCUUGCAUUAAUGCAGAAGCGUGUUUGAUGAGUCACAAUGUGUAUAGCCAACUUUUGUACAGAAAAAGACAUAA